AUGGCGAAGUUCUCGCAUCCCACGUCCUUCGACUACUUCCAGCAAUCGCCCACCCUCGACGCCAAACCACUCUUCUCGCCCGACGACGACAUGAGCGUGCUUGACGACAAGAUCCUCGACUCCGCCAGCUCGCAAGACCUGCCGGCCCCGCGCCGGCCUUCGUUUGACCACCACCCCAGCCCCGACGCCGCUGCCUCUCUCUCCGACACGCCCUCGCGACAUCCCUCGCAGCUCUCCACGCCGCUUUUUGAGUCGAUGCCCGCCCCGUUUGUGCGCGCCUCGCAGCCCUGGGGCCUCCCCUCCGACUCCGGCUCCUGCACCCCAACCCCCAUCUACGAGCACUUCCCCCACGACUUCGAUGCCGCCGCUGCUGCCGCUGCUGCUGCGUCCCACCAUCCCUUCGCCGGCGGCCCGCUCCAGCCCGCCGUCUAUCCCGCCAUGCCCUACCGCCCCGGCUCGACAUAUGCCCAGCCACAUGCCCUGCCCAUGUCGCCGCAGUCCAGCCACGGCUGGGUCGCUGCCGCCGCCGCCCCCGAGCCCGCCGAGAUCCAAACCAAGCCCGCCCGCAAGAACUCCUCCGCCGGCCCGCCCUACCGCGCCGCCAACCUCCACAUCCGCCGCGACGGCAUCCGGAAGAAGAAUGCCCGCUUCGACAUCCCCGCCGAACGCACGUUGAGUAAUAUCGACCUGCUGAUCAGCCGCUCCACCGACGAGGACGAGAUCAAGGAACUCAAGCAGCAGAAACGCUUGCUGAGGAACCGACAGGCGGCACUUGACUCGCGCCAACGAAAGAAGGUGCACACCGAGCAGCUGGAGGAGGACAAGAGACGGUCGACCUCCCUGAUCACCGAGCUCCAGGAUGCCGUCCGGGAGCUGAAGCUACGGGAAGCCGAGCUUCUGCAGGAAAAGACCGAACUGUUCGAGAGCCAGCAGCAACUGCGACAGUACGUUGAUCGCCUCCACAGCGAGAAAGAGGAGUUGAUUCGAUCGCACACCCUGGAGACAGGCGAACUGCGAAAGAAGAACACCAUCCUGCGAGAGCACAUAGAGAAGCUGGAGCAGGCGUCCACGUCAGGCGCGCUCUUCCGCAACGACUUCUCGGAUUACGACAGUCUGACCGUCGACGGCACCGGUUGGGAUGACUUCUCCAUGGGCCAUGAGUUCUCGCUCGACAGUGACCCGCGGUUAUCCAUUCGCAACCCGACACCGGUGCCCGAGAAACCGCUCACUACCGUCCUCAGCAAAACGGACAAUGUUGUCGAGAAGCUCUCGUCGCAAACAGAAUUCCCGUUCAGCUGGAAUGCGUUCUACAUGUGUCUUCUGUUUGGCGCCUUCGUCGCCUCCAACGGCUCGUCCAUGACCGCCACCGCCAUCCCUCCCCUCUCUGAAGAAUACCGUGCCGAAUCCGCCAACGUGCUCAAGGCCGUCCUGGCGUCGGCAAGCCCCGUCCAGCCCACCCACUCCUUCAGCCUUGCCACCCUCGCCGGUCCCUCGGCCACUACCACCACCUCCGCUCUCCCGGCCACCAUCUCGCGAGCCGAGAUGGCGCAGAUCUCCUCCGGCCAAGACACCACCAUGACCAACCUCGACGACCUGCAUCGCAGCCUCGUCGUGCCCACCAAGGAGCAGGAGGCCCAGCAGGCCUUCGCCAUGACGGCCGAGCGGUACAAUUCCCUCACCACGCUCGACGACGACGAGGGCGAUAUCACCCCGCAGCCGUCCAAUCUCCAGCAGGCGUAUGCGCUGCGCAACAGCGCCCUGGGCAUGAAGAGCACUGCGGACGUCUAUUCACGUUCCCUGCUGUGGGACCGCGUGCCGGACAAGGUCGUGCGGGAUUUCAGACGGCUGGUAAAAGACUGCGGCAUAAGCGUCGAUAAACAUGAAGAACCGGGCGGUGCAAUGUGCACGGUCUAG